AUGACAGAGUCUGACUACUUUUCGUCUGAUGAAGAAAAUGCGCGAUCAUCCAUCAGUGCGCCUGCUACGCACCGACCGAUCGGCGCCAUGACGCCACAGCCUAGUGAGACACGUCAGCCGCGUGCGACCCGUUCGUUUGCCGCUUUGCGGAAUGCCUAUUUAGACACACAGGCCCAGCAGGGACCUGACGAAGACAUGCCUGAUGUAAAGAGUACCGAGGAUGAGCGUGCAGAGAAUAGUGGCGACCACAACGAACAGGCGCAUGCCAUCUCGGCAGGGCGGCACCCUGUUGAGACAGAGAGCGUCUCUCAAAACGGAUCGAAAAAGUCACGCCUCUCUGCCACAGCCCCACCACAUACUCCUGCGUCUGUAUUACGGCAGACGAUGGAACUGCCACCGUCGAAGCGAACACGCGCUGGUCCCUCGCUUGUGCCCACGGUGCCUAAGUUACCAAAGACCAAUGCCGAAAAAGAAUCGACACCUCGCCUGAUUGUUGUACUUGAGCAGGCUUGUCUCGAGACAUACAAAGUCUCGAGCGGAAGUGCGACACAUACGCGAGGCAACAAGGAAGCCGGUGAAAAGUAUGCGCUGUUGAACUGUGAUGACCACCAAAAAGUGCUUGCCAAAAUGGGCCGCGAUAUUUCAGAAGCACGUCCUGAUAUCACACACCAGUGUCUUCUAACAUUGCUCGAUUCUCCGCUGAACAAGGCAGGGCUUCUUCAAGUAUACAUUCACACCUCCAAGGGCGUGCUGAUCGAAGUGAAUCCGCAGGUCCGAAUCCCUCGUACGUUCAAGCGGUUUAGUGGCCUGAUGGUCCAACUGCUUCACCGCCUUAGUAUCCGUUCGAUCAAAGGCUCUGAAAAAUUGCUGCGGGUUAUCAAGAACCCAGUAACUGAUUAUUUCCCUGCGAACACCCACAAAAUCACUUUGUCGUACAAUGCCCCUGUACAGCGCCUUUCUUCUUACCUGGCUACAAUUCCCUCUGACCGCAGUAUUGCCGUAUUUGUCGGUGCCAUGGCACAUGGUGAAGACAAUUUUGCCGAUGAGUUCGUUGACGAAAAAAUCUCUAUCAGCGAGUACAGCCUUAGUGCAAGUGUGGCUUGCGGCAAGUUUUGCUGCAGUCUCGAAGAUCUAUGGGGCAUUGUAUAG